UCGGCGAUGUGCCCCGGGUCAAUGGCAGGGCCGAACGAGCCAACGAGCGUAACGCCAUUUGCAGCCGGCUAGCGAGCUCGGGACGGACCGGAGGCCGGAGGGAGCGAUGAUGCCGGAGAGCAGAGGGGAGUGGGAGGACUACCGGACGCCGCACGGGCUGCUGAUGGCGGUGGUGAUGGGGGCGGUGGUGGCGGGGCCGCUGUUCGUCUUGGACGGCGGCGAGGCGCUGCGCGAGGCCCUGUCGGAGCUGCUCGGGCCCGUGGGGCUCCCGCUGCUGCCACUCGGCCUCGUCGUCCUCAUCCGCGUCCUCUCCUCCGGCUAUCGGCUCGUCGACGUCUUCGGCUUCGCCCUGGGAGAGUCGCUCGACGCCGCCUACCGCUCCGGGCGGGGAUCGCCGGUGGGGGUCGUGAUCGCUCUGCUGCUCUUCCUGCUCGCGGUGUACUACAGGUCGUGGUCGCCGUUCGGCGGCGGCGACGACGAGUAGCUGGCGUCGGCCGUGGCCGGUGAUGCGGGGCGUGCGGUGCGGGUUUGCAUGUGUGAUGCAUGUGCGAUUGGCAGCCUGCUGCUUAGUUGUAAAUUUGUAAUCGGCAAAAAUAACAUUGAGCCUCUUUGAUUCGAAGAAUUUUUAGAGGUUUCUAAUCCUAUGCAUGUUUUCUACCUGAGUUCUUGGAUUCAUAGGAUUGCAAACCACACGAAAUUUUUGUUAAGAUUUAUUUGUAGUUUUGUACUAGGUUUUAUACUCCAUCCG